AUGAAAAACUAUCCAGGAAUUUUAUCGCCUGACAGCAGACUUUUAAUGAAAUGGCCAGAGAUUAGUCUAGUUGCAAGAGAAAAACGAUGCGAACUGACUCUAAAUUCCAUUCCUGUACAUAACCGAAAACCGAGUAUUAACGAUGAAGAAUUACAGAACCAAAUUUUCGCUGUGAAUAAAUCUCUCAACUAUAUAGAACUCGCUGGAUUGAAUAUUACACUGCUGCAUCAAUGCAUAGGAAAAGCAAGUAAAUUGAAGAAACUCAUAUUGUACAACAAUAGUUUGACGCAUAUUCCUGAAGAAAUUGGGGGUUUAAAAGAGUUGGUAUUUCUUGACAUAUCGAUGAACAAAAUCGAAGAACUUCCAAAUACCCUUGGCACUUUAUCAUGUCUCACGACAUUACUGCUAGCCAAUAACAACAUUACAUCAUUACCUGAUAUAUCUGGUCUCGUUUCCUUACAACAUCUUGAUGUAUCACAUAAUCAACUAACUGAUUUUCCAACGUUAUUUUGUUAUCAAUCAAAACUGCAAACUUUAAUACUUAAUUCAAAUAAAAUCAAAAGUAUACCCUCAGAAAUAGAUGCAUUAAGUGGUAUUUUAAAAACUAUUGACGUAUCAGAUAACGAGAUUACUGAUCUUCCAUUUGUAUUCUGUAACUUCAGCAAACUGAAGACGCUAAAUCUAACGAAUAACAAAUUUUCAGACCAGCGUUUUAACAAAUUAGUUCAAAGUCCAAGACACAAGACGUCAAUGCUUAUAGAAUAUCUAAAGAAAAGAGCUCCAAAUAAAUGUGCAGAAAAUAAGAAACUGCCGCUAGGAACCGAUGUUACUGCUGCAAACGAUUCUGCUUCAGAUAGUCGAAUAAUAACGAUUGACGUUCAAUUGACUAAAGAAGUGGCAGAAAUUCGACCUUAUAUUGCUUCUUGUAUUUUCAAAAACUGCUCGCUUACUGCAGAAAAAAUAAAACAUUUAUUAAAUAUUCAGAAUAAAUUACAUUCUACUAUUUGUUGUGAUCGGACAAUCGCAAGCAUCGGAACACAUGACUGCAGCAAUAUCCAGCCUCCCUUAACAUAUGCAGCUGUCAAUCCAGAUUUACUGAUGAUCACACCGAUACACCAUCACAAAAAAAUUUCUGGAAGAGAAUUCGUAUCAACUUUGGGAAAUGAAGCAGAAUUAUCCAGAGAGCUUGUAAAACGAAAUGUAGUAUCAGAUAUUUACAAAUAUAUAUAUCUAAUCCAAAGGCUACCACUUUAUCCAUGUCUGAUAGAUGCAAAGGAUCUUGUUAUAAGUUUGCCACCAGUGACCAAUUGCGACGAAACAAAGCUUCAAGAAGAUACGAAAGACAUAUUUGUGGAAGUGACAAGUACCGCAUCAGAAAGUAAAUGUGUCGAGAUAAUGGACUUAUUUGUUAAAGAAGUCGUUGAGCAAAAAUGUCUGACCAAUCUGAUUAUUGAACAAAUUAAGAUCACAAAGGAUACAGGUUCAUUAUUGGUAGCCUAUCCUAGCAAAAACAAUCUCCAGCUGUCAGGAAUCACAAUUAAACGCGAAAAAACUAUUGUUGAAGUAUGA